GGACAGAUGGCUACAGAAGAGGCAUCCCAAACCUGGAAGGGCAAAGGAGGAAUGGACGAGGAGGAGGAGGGCAGAAUUCUGGUACUGGAAAAGAACUGGAGGCCUUGGCCAAAAGCCCGGAGGAGGGUUCAAAGCUGUCUGGAGUGGGUGAAGCGGCAGCUGUUCCGCGUGGGAGAUGACUGGUACUUCCUUUUUGCCCUGGGGGUCCUCAUGGCGCUCGUCAGCUUUGCCAUGGACUUCACUGUCUCUAGGAUGGCAAAUGCUCACCAGUGGCUUUAUCAAGAGGUUGGCGAUUAUCUGGUGCUGAAGUACCUGGCCUGGACAAUUUACCCCAUCGCCUUGUCGGCGUUUUCCACUGGCUUCGCACAGAGCAUCACCCCACACUCCGGAGGCUCUGGCAUCCCCGAGCUGAAGACCAUCCUCACGGGGGUCGUGCUGGAGGAGUACCUGGCCAUCAAGAACUUUGGCGCCAAAGUGGUGGGGUUGACCUGCACCCUGGCCUGUGGGAGCACCCUCUUCCUCGGGAAAGUGGGGCCUUUUGUCCACCUCUCCAGCAUGAUUGCGGCCUACCUGGGGAGAAUUCGGACCACGGUCUCUGGGGAGUAUGAGAAUCAGAUCAAACAGAAUGAGAUGCUGGUGGCUGGGGCUGCAGUCGGCGUGGCAACAGUUUUUGGGGCACCCAUUAGCGGGGUCCUGUUCAGCAUUGAGGUCAUGGCGUCCCACUUUGCAGUCCGGGACUAUUGGAGGGGCUUCUUUGCCGCCACCUGCGGGGCCUUCCUCUUCCGCCUGCUGGCCGUCUUCAACAGCGAACAGGAAACCAUCAGGGCUCUCUUCAAGACCAGUUUCGAGAUUGACUUCCCUUUCGACUUGCCGGAGACCUUCUUCUUUAUGCUCUUGGGCAUCAUCUGCGGGCUCGUGAGUUGCGCCUACCUCUUCUGCCAGCGCUGGUUCCUGGGCUACGUCCGAAGGAACUCCUUCACCGCCAAGCUCCUUGCUGCUGAGAAGCCGCUCUACUCCGCCCUGGUGGCCUUCCUCCUCUCCUCCAUCACCUUCCCCCGGAGCCUGGGGCAAUUCAUGGCUUCCAGGCUGAGCAUGAAGGACCUUCUGACCUCUCUCCUGGACAACCGCACCUGGGGCACCCUUUCCCAGAAUGCCUCACUAGACAGACCUCUUCGCCUCGAUCCCCGUGACCUCUGGCUCGAGUGGUGGGACCCCAAUAUCACCAUCUUUGGCUGCCUGCUCUUCUUCCUGGCCAUGAAGUUUUGGAUGCUAAUCCUGGCAACCACCAUGCCCAUGCCAGCCGGAUAUUUCAUGCCAGUCUUCAUCUACGGGGCAGCCCUUGGCCGCGUGGUGGGAGAGGCCGUGGCCUUUCUGUUCCCCAGGGGCAUCAGCGGAGAGGGAGCCACCAGCCUCAUCAACCCGGGAGGCUACGCACUCGCUGGGGCUGCUGCUUUCUCCGGGGCAGUCACCCACACGCUCUCCACCGCCUUGCUGGCCUUCGAGAUGACGGGGCAGAUCGCCCACAUCCUGCCCGUCACCCUGGCGGUGCUGAUCGCCAACGCCAUCGCCCAGAAGUGCCAGCCCUCCUUCUACGACGGCACCAUCAUUGUCAAGAAGCUGCCUUACCUGCCCCGCAUCCGGAGCAGGCACAUGGGCUCCUACCGGGUGACGACGCGGGAGUUCAUGAGCACCGCCUUCGUGGCCCUGCCCCGGGACGCCCCCUGCCCGGCCAUCCUGCGCGCCCUCGCCGCCACCCACGCCCCCGAGUUCCCCGUCGUCGACGCCGCCGAGACCGCGCUGCUCGUGGGCAUGGUGCGGCGGGCCGAGCUGCUGCGCCUCCUGCAGCACGGCCGCCCCCCCCCCCCCGCCUUCACACGGCGCUCUUUUGCGCAGACUCUGGCCCAAGGCUGCGCCGUCGAUCCGGUCCCCCUGCAGCUGUCCCCCUGGACCUCCCUGCACCAGGCACACAACCUUUUUGAGUUGCUGAAUUUGCAGCGAGCAUUUGUCACCCAGCUAGGAAAGAUAGUGGGGGUUGUCUCCAGGAACGAGAUAAGAAAAGCCAUUGAAGACCUGGCAAACCCCAAAGUGGCUGAGUAAGAAAGAGACUCCAGCCAGAGGCCAGGGAACAGGCCAGCCCUGCCACAGGCAACAGAUGCUGAGGACUCGCCUACCAGAGGGGUUUCCCUUCUCUGCUGAGGCCAGGGGGGUGGGCCUGUGGGCAUCUCUCAGCCUCUCCUUUAGGGGCUUCUGGACUCCGGUCCUGCUGUCCUCUUGCAGACCCACCAGGCCUGGCUUCCCCUGGCAGUUCUGCUCUCCCUCCCGCAUCGGUGGGAGCCUUGAGAUGGCAGGACCCCCCCUUGCCACAUCGGGGAUAGAGUCCAGAGCACCUUUAAGACUCACACAUUUUGUUGUAGUGGAAGCUUUUGAGACACACCGCUCCCUUUGUCAGCUACAUGGGGGGUCUGCAGAAACUGGCCGGUGGGAGGGAGUGGGAGUGCUGGGAGGGUGGGAGGGAGGGCCAUAUCGAUGCACAGUUGUUGUGUGAAUGAUUGCAGCUGAUGUCUCUGUGAGAUUCUUUGCUUCAGCACUUCUCAGGUCCCAUCCUGGAUAAAGCAGUGGGGAAAUGGACUGGGAGGUCGACAGGUUCAUCCGCUGGGACUUUUGGAGAGAACGGCGCAUGUGUGGAAGCACAUUUUAAAUCUGAAGGGGGGUUUUGGGGUGGGGAGGGGGCUGUGGAGUCUGAAGCUGUGGCUGCUUCCCUCUUUGGAAGAAAUUUGGAUUCAGUAAUUUCAUCGGUUUGUUAGCAGAAUCAUCACUGGCCUUUGGAUAUACUUAAAUGAACUUUAUGGUCUACGUGGACAUCUUUAAUUAUAGAGAGAGAGAGACAUUGCUGAAGCAUAUUUGUAGAGCUGGCAGCUUUUCUGAUGCGAUUCCAUAUGUAUAUGAAUGUUUUGAUAACAGCAAUUUGAUGCAAUAGGAUAUAAAUUUUUGGAACACUG